AUGCUGCAUAGAUCUUUGGAUUUAUAUCCUCUCCUCAUCGUAGACAAUAAACCAGCUACUGUGUGGCUCAUCGGAGAAGUCGACUCAUCUUGGUUCAAACUUCGCGGUGGACCCUUGGCCGUUGUGAGCAUCAAGAUCGGUUCAAACACUUCAGAUGUUUUGAAAGUGUCACGCUUCCAGAGCACCGGGAGUGGAGAGUAUGCUUCUGUGGAAGCCUUCAAGACGUAUUUGAUGCCGACACCAAGUUCGGCCCCAGGAACACUAUGA